AUGUCCAUCAUCUUCGCCACCAUAUUCGCCGGCCUCUUGGUCUCCGCCGCCGUCAAAAUCAGAGAGAUGUGGUGGCUCUGGCGGCGCUACAAGAUCCCGCUCCAGUGGCUGCUAUGUUUCCCUCUUGGGACGCAUCCCUCUGAUUGUGUUUUCUUCUGGUCCUACGUUUUCUACCUCUCACAUUUCCUUCACAUGUUGAGAACAGUCAUCGUCGUCCUACGACGUCGUAAGCUCGUUUUCUUUCAACUCUUCUACCACACGAUUUCCGCCUUCAUGUCUUUCCUAUGGCUCGAGUUCUCGCAAUCUUUCCAAGUUCUCGCAAUCCUCUUCACCACGCUCACAUUCUCCGUUAUGUACGGCUAUCGCUUUUGGACAUCAGCGGCGGCCUCUGAUGGAUCUUGUAACGAUGCUUGA